AUGAUGGCCCAAAGCUUCCCGCACCAUGCGGGCAUCGCCCCAGGUCAUCCUGGAAUACCUCCGGGCCAUCCCAUGGGAAUGCAACAUCCUGGCGCUGGCCACAUGGGAGGUCAACCUGGACCCGGUAUGAUGCAGGCCAUGCAUCCAGGAGUGUCUGCUCCCCAAGUUACCCAGGGACCCAUGGUCACUGGGAUGCCACCGGGUGCUGGAACUCCUGCUCCAGGCCCCAUGCACAACGGUAUGGCCAUGGCCCAUAUGAAUCCUCAGCAGGCCUUAUUUCAGCAGCAUAACCCGCAGAUGAAUUAUGGCCAAGGGAUGAUGACACCGCAGCAACAGCAGUUCAUGGCUCGCCAGCGCAUGAUGCAGCAGAUGUCUCAGGCUCAAGCACAAGGCAUGCCCAUGGGAAUCCCAAAUGCGCCCGGCUUCAACCAGGCACAGCUGGCGCAAAUGAAGAUGGGCAUGGCGGGCAUGCACCCACAGAUGGGGAUGAAUCCCAACCAUCCUCAGAUGCAGCAGUUACAGCAACAUCAACACAAUCAGCAGCAGUUGAUGCGAGCUCAACAGGCUCAGGCUCAGGCGCAACAACAUGCAGCGCAGAUGGCAGCCGCUGCUCAGAACCAAAGGGCGGUAGCUCAACAAAUGCAAAUGUCACGGUCACAAGAACAGACUACUCAACCUCCACAGUCGCAGCCCACGCCAGCACCCCAAACACAACCUCCUCAGCAACCUCCCCCAACCUCACAACCCCAAGCUCAGCCCGCUCAACCCAAACCUCAACCACCACAGCCGCAACCUGUGAAUAACCAACCACAAAACCAACCGGUUAAUCAGCCAGUUAAGACUACAGAACCGGAAGAGGAGCCUCGUCUGAAGCAGCAGCAAGAAGUGGCCGCCAACAUGAUCAUGUCUGAAUUACCGAAACAGGACAUGAUUGGUGGUCAAUGCAUUUUAAAACUGAUCGAGUACCAGGACCUUCUCGCACACCCCGAACGGCCAAAUGAUUUGGACUACUGGGAGGCAUUGAUUACCAGAUUCUUUUCGCCGAUCGGGUCAUUGAGACAGCAAUUUUUCAACAACAAAUCCGGGGGCGACAAAUCCUUCCAGCUCCAGUUCCCCUCCCUUGCCCGCUACUACCAUUCAUACUUUGCGAGUGGGGUCAAGCAAAUCCUCCUACAGUCUUUUGAACAUACCCAAACCAAGACAGCGAACGGCGGCGUCCACAUUACUAGCAGCAGUGCGAGUCUGACCUAUGUUUUUGGCAACGAUAUUCGAGUGACAACCAAUGGACAGCUGCGUGUGCUUUUUGAUGAUGUUCAAACCAUUGAGCAUCUGAAUAUCAGCUCCACGGGGUGGCAAGAGUACAUUCCACGUAACGUGUUGUUACAGCCCAUGUCGCCAGAAAUGAAGCAGAGCCCCAAAAUCACAAAUAAGAACCUCAAACGGACACAAGGCAAGGCCAAUGUAUCAGGAGCAGGGCCAGUGAUACCUAGCUCAGGCGUUGGUGAAUGGGGUGUUCCCCAGCACAUCUCCCAAUUCUUAGAGAUUGCUGAGGUCAUGACCGCCAUGGGUCCACUCAUGGAGUAUUACCAGCAACAUCCUGGAAUCUCUCCGAAAGACACGCUGCUGCGAGUGACGCAGGAAAAUGCGCAAAACAUGGCCCAGGCGAACAACCAGCGAUUGAACCAGAUGGCGAGGGCCGCCAAUGGCCAGGUGAUAUUUCCCAAUCAAAUGAACCCUGGCAUGAACGGGCCCAACAUGAUGAACUCGCCUGCAAUGGGGCAUCUCAACGUUCCUCAAGCUCAAGGCUCACCAAUGAUGGGAGGUCCAGUGCAUACACCGAGUCCAGCCCAGAACCCCACCGCGGGAGGUGUAGCCAUGAUGCACCAGAUGAGUGCUCAGGGAUCAAAUCUCAGUGGGAGUCAGGGCCCAAGCACAAACACUAGCCCGAACGUUUCCAACAAGAGACGACGCGCAAGUGUGGUCAAGAUAGAAGAAGAAAAUGCUCAGGGAGAGGUGAAUGGAGCCAAUAAAGUCAAGCCAAGUCCAAAGCUCGGUGGCAAGCGGCAGAAGGGAUCUGCGUGA